GUUUCCCGAGAAGUCAGAACUCUGAGAGGGGCAGUAUUUAGGGCUGCAACAGCCCGGACUGCAAGACAGCUUCGCCGUGUCUGCACCCCUGAACACCGGCGGACACAUUUCUAACGGGACCUACCAGCUGCACGAACCGAACCUUCGUCACUAAAGAAAUGGCCCAUUCAAAACCACUGCUGAUUCCAUGGCUUAAGACCAGUAUUGACAGUGGGAGGUAUCCAGGUGUCCAGUGGACAAACCCUGAGAAAACAGAGUUCUGCAUCCCAUGGAAGCACGCUCUAAGACAGGACACCUCGGACACUGAUGUGCUCAUCUUUAAGGCCUGGGCAGAGGUGAGUGUAAACGGCCGGGCUCAGGGAGACCCCUCAGUCUGGAAGAGGAACUUCCGCAGCGCCCUCAGAGCGAAGGGCUUCAAACUGGUGUCGGAUGACAAGAACGAUCCUGCUAACCCACAUAAAGUCUAUUGUUGGCCACAGGAGGCGGUAUCAAAAGCCAACUCUUCUGCUGGGUCCCAGGAACAAGAUGACUCCAAUAUUAUAAAUGGCUUCAUAGCUCAGGAGAGUAAGGUUGUCCCAUUCUUUGAUGAAGAUCUUUUUAAUCCACAGGACAUUCUGAUGCCAGCAUGCCCAGCCAGCCAAGAUAUCCUCCAGGAGUGUCUACAAGGACUAAAUAUUGGCCCUGAAGCAGAGGGCACCGCGGGCUUUCAGCCUCCUACUGAGCAACAGCAGCUGCAGAAUCGAGUUGUGAUUGGUGCACACCCGUUGCCCGGGCAACAGCAGGAUCCAGUAAUGUGUGAGGGUGCAGCCGGUGAAACUGGGUUGCCAGAGCAACCAGCACAUCCAGUGAGGGGAGCGCAGGGGGUGGGCUACAGUGACAGGCAGCACGCGGCGCAGUUCCUACAGACGAUGAACCAGACCAGAGAUGAAGCUUUCAAGACUCAGUUCAGGGUGUCUGUAUACUACAGAGGGGUGAAGGUCUCUGAGCAGGCGGUUCCUAAUGAAGCUGGUUUCCGCCUUAUUUACAGGCCUGACCUAACUGGUACUGUUGUGGAUCAUGAGACGGGCCUCUCCCUCGUCUCUCUGCCAAGCCCCGAAGGCAUUCUGGAUCAAACCCAAGCCACGCUGACCCAAAAGAUUCUGGAAAACCUUGGCAAUGGUCUGGACGUGGGGAUGUCGGAGCACAUCAUCUACAGUCAGCGGCUGGGUGAGGUCAAAUCUUUCUGGAGCUUUUCCAAGUUUGACAGCAGCAGAAAGCCGCAGGAGAUUUCUAAACUGCAUCCUGAACCUCUUUACCAGGUCAGGGACUUUGUCAGAGGGAUAAUAGAUUUUAUUAAUGGAAGGGACUCUCCGCCCUGCUCCCUGUUCUUCUGUCUUGGGGAAAAGUGGCCUGACCUUGACAACAGGCCUUGGGAAAAAAAACUCAUCACAGUUGAGGUGAUUCUGACUUCAAUGGAGCUUCUGAAGAAUAUGGCUGUUGAGUUUGGCGCCUCCUCUCUGCAGUCUGUAGAACUGCAGAUGUCGCUUGAAGAAAUUAUGGAUCUUUACUGAUGAAUUUCUGCAGUUUUUCUGCACCUAACAAUAUGAGAACAUCUCAGUUUAUUAUCUGAGGAAGAUUUUAUUCGACACCAAACAGAUCCUGUCAAAACAAGAGCCACAUUGUCUCACUGCGUUAGCUUGGGACGUCACAAAGUAAUGCACAUGUUUAAGAUGCAACUAUAAAUAUGGUUGCUUUUAUCUUUUAUCUUUAUAUUUUGAUUAGAAAACUGACAUAUUUUUUAUGAAUAUUUUUAAGAUUUAUUAGAAUACUUCUAAAAAUAUGAACUUUGGAAAAUAAAAACAUCCACCAUACGCUGUUUAUUCAUGCUUAAUUCUGGCCUUCCAAAUCAUUUGCUUAGGUGACUAAGUUGCCCUAAUUAUGAUCUUAUUUACUGCAAUAUAUUUACAAAAUAAAUGAAUUCAUGUUUAAUAUCUACCUGCACAUUGGAUGUAUAAGUAUGGUGAAAAACAACAAAAUUAAUGUUCUGUAACAAACAGUAAACCCUCAGGGAAAUUGUUUACUCAAAAAAGGUGCAACAAUUCAUGUUUUAGUUGCUUUAUGUGUGCAUACAGCAUCCUUCAUGUGCAUUGGCUCUCCUGGAGGAUAAGUUAAAACAUUAAAAUAAAAUAUUUUUUAAUGUAGUUUCAAAAUAUUACCUGCAGUGUCCUACCACAGAGUUUUAGACUUUUUUUUUACCUCCCUUAUCAUUGUCCUUGGAUGAACUGGUGUCCUUGUACAGCCUCAUUUGUCACUGUUUCUUCUUUUAAAUGUUUUAAUUAAAGCUCACACUAGGUAUAAGUAAGCUUAUGUAAGUAGCUGUUUUCUUGUGGCCAUUCCCUGUUACAUGUCUGCCCAAAUCAAAUGGCAUGUUCUCCUGUUUUUCUUAUUUUGAAGAUUCACAUCAUAUUUACAUGUGAGGGAAAGAGGAUGUCAUGAAUAACUAAUGAAAUAUUCACUGUGAUUAACCUAGAAGAAUAAAUAUUUUAAAACAAAAUGCUUCGGUAACAUUUAUUUAAAAGGAACCACAAUGGAUUUAAUUAAAAAUAAAUAUUUCUUAAUGUGGCAAUUUUUCUCCUAAACAAAUGAACCCAAGGUAACCCCCUUAAUGGCUAGGAAAAUAUUUGUUUUUUGUUGUCAAAAACCUUCAAAAUUAAUUAGACUGCUAAUUGUAAUACAACACACACAGUAAGAUACGAAUUUAGUAUUUAUUAUCCAAACAAUCUAAAUUAGGCAUCAAAUGAAAUAACUUUCACAGCAACCACUAGUGGGUGGCAAAUUUCUAAUAUGAUCCUUGCCGUGUGUUGAAUAUGCAUCAACAGGCAUUCAUGGUGAGCUUAAAGGUUGAAUUUUUAAAGAAAUCUUGAUGCGAGAUUGUGUUGCUGCAGUAAAAGACGAAUUUAUCUCAAUGGGUUUUACAUAUACUAAAAAUGUAAAUUGCAUAUGUGCUCCAUAUUAUCCUACAAGACGUCACAGUCUGUACCAUAUAAUAUAUGCUGUAUGCUGUAGGAUUCGUCUCACAUGUUUGGAACCUCUCGGAUGUUGCAUAUUAAGAAAUACUGCAAUGAUUUUGAAAGGGCUGAGUAUUUUUAAUAGAAGGAAUGCGCUUUAAUGAAACACUGAUAUUAUAAUCAUGAUGAAAUUGAUUUCUCCUCAGGAACUACAACACAAAUAAGAACAGUAAUCUUAAGUCAGACCAGUGGUAAAGCUGCUCUACAUUUGUUUUUUUAGUCUGAAGUCAUUAUUUCUUGAUUUCAGUCACAGUCAAACAAUGAUUAUCUGUUUUUCUCUCUGGGUUUCCAACCACAGCAUUCAGUUUAUGUACCAACCAAACCUAAGUAAUGGGAUGUUUACAAAACCCAACCAAUAAAGUGAAUUAAGUGAUUUAA